CUUUCUUUCAACAAUUUAAUCGUGAAUUGUGCUAUUUUUUCUCUCAAAAAAUAGUUUAAUUUUUUUUUCAAAUUUUGAACCAAUGGAGGCAAUGAAGAUGAAUGUUUUGUUGAUGGUUGUGAUGGUCGUGGUGAUGGUCUUGUCCGAAAUUCAAAAUGUAGUUGCAGCGGAUGCACCUGCUCCUGCCCCAGCCUCGGAUGCUACCCUAUUCGUACCAACCAUAUUCGCCUCUCUUGUAGCUCUUGCAUUUGGAAUUUUCUUCUGAUUGAGCUAGCUUAUGUGAACGUCGACUAAUAAAGUGUAGUACUUUAUUGAGUCAAGACUAUAUGUGAUUUAUUUAUUUUUGGUUAUUUCAUCUCAGUGUGUUAGAUCAUUGAGAUGAGGAGUUUGAGGUCCAUUUGAUUGUAUUAUUAUAUAUAUAUAUUUUUAUAUUUCAUUGGAAUAUUAUCACUUUGGACAUAUACUUA